AUGGCCGUCUCCAAGGACUAUGGCAAACGCCUUGUCAUUUCAGUCUUUGACGAGGUGGCCGCCGAAGAACCUGGCCGGAUUCUCUACUCGCUUCCGGUCUCGCGAGACGUCUCGGAGGGAUUUCGAGAUAUCACCGCCCUCCAAUUUGCAAAUGCCGUGAACAGGACGGCCUGGUGGCUUGAGGCAGAGCUGGGGAAGGGCUCGUCUUUUCCAACGGUGGGAUACUUUGGUCCUUGGAAUGACUUUCGAUAUAUACUGCUCAUCCUUGGAUGUAUCAAGGCUGGCUACAAGGCGCUUCUGCCGUCACCGCGCAACAGCAUCGAGGCUUCCGUGGCCGUGCUGAACGCAACCAGCUGCGAUAUAUGGGUAACCCCAAAGGAGAGACAUGAGAUGUUGCCUCAGAUCCUCGACCGGCGACCCAUGAAAGUAAUUGAGAUACCAGAGACAGACGAACUGCUGAACCCGGAGCCGGUCAAGGCCUAUCCAUACACCAAGACCUUCGAGGAGGCGGCCAGCGACCCCUUUUGCAUACUGCAUACCUCGGGCUCAACCGGCCUUCCAAAGCCAAUUAUCUGGAAGAACUCGCUCAUCGGCACGUUGGAUGCUACCCGUUUGCUGCCAAAGACUGACCAAGGCCUGCCUCCCUGGACUGACAUCUUUGACGAGGGUGAUCGGUUCUACUCUGCCUUUCCCCUUUAUCAUGGUGCGGGAUUAAUCAUGAAUAUCUUCAUCGUGUCCUUGUAUCGUACCAGCAAUGUUCUUGGGCCGGUCGGUGUGCUAUCAACCAUCAACCUUCUCGACUCCCUCCUCGACAACACAGAUAUCAAAUGCUGGAGCGUCAUACCGUCCAUAGUAGACGAGAUUGGAGAGACGCCUGCCAUCCGUGCCAAAUUUGCAAAGUCCAAAGUCAUAAUUGCUUCAGGAGGUCCCGUCACCUACGCCAGUGCCAACAAGGCGACCGAGGUUAUUAGGAUAUUGAAUAUCACCGGAACAUCAGAGGGCCUUUUCCAAGGAAGUCUUCUCGUGGAGCCAGAGGACUGGAUAUACUUUUCUUUCCACCCCUAUGCUGGAUUCGACUUCAGACAGGUCGACGAUGAUGUUUACGAACACUGGGGAGUUCGUAAUGAGGACCGUGUUGACCUAUAUCAGGGCAUUUUCCAUACCUUUCCCGAUAUAAAGGAGUUGACUUUCAAGGACCUGUAUGCGCCGCACCCUACCAAGCCAUAUCUGUGGAUCUAUAGAGGGAGAACGGAUGAUAUGCUUGUAAUGUCGAAUGGAGAGAAAGUUCGCCCGGUUACCAUGGAAGCUAUCAUCAAUAGUCAUCCGGCAGUCAGUGCGUGUCUUAUGAUUGGAACGGGAUACACCAUGAUGUCCCUUCUUGUCGAGCUGGUAGAUCCCGAGCCAGCCUCUGAACCUGAACGUGAAGCGCUCCUGGCCAGUAUCCUAGAGACAGUCCAUGCUGCGAAUGCGAUUGCGCCAAAGCAUGCACGCGUAUUUCCAAGAAAUACAUCUGGUUUACCAAGCCAGACAAGCCUUUUGUCCGAACAGACAAAAACACCCGUCAAACGUCGCGAUACCGUCCUCUUCUAUGAGCAAGAAAUCAAACAGUUCUACAAGAGCAUGGAAGAAGACGGCUACUUGGCAGCUAAUAUCGACUUUACCUCCCACGAGACGACUUCCGAAGGUAUCAAACGCCUGGUAGUAGCUUCAUUGCCGAGUGCAAAGGAUAUAGGUCUAGACGACGACCUCCUCGGUGCUGGCGUCGAUUCCUUAGUUGCCUUCAGUAUCUCCAAUUCUCUCCGUUCCGCCGUUGGGAAAAACGGCGUUAGCGAAAAGAAGAAGCUCAUCGUCACUGCGAAAUUCGUGUAUACUUAUCCGACCAUCAAUGCACUCACGGCAAACCUCUAUAACUUAGUCCACAACGUAGCUAACGGUAGCAGUACGCCUGUGGAUUUGCAGAAGAAGAGCAUGAGCAGCUUCCGUGCUAAAUACGCAGCUGGCUUGAUGUGUUCUGGCGCCACUGUCAUUUUGACUGGAAGCACCGGUUCUUUAGGGUCUUAUCUGCUUGAAUCGCUCGUUCGCCAGACGAAGAGCGUCAACAAAAUCUACUGUCUCAAUCGUGCAGAGGAUGGUAGGGCCAAACAGAUGGCAACAAGUGAGCCUAGGGGUUUGAGUAUAGAUUGGUCGCCGGAGAGGGUUGAAUUCCUACAGUGCGACUUGUCAAAACCAAGAUUCGGACUCACGGUCGAGGCAUAUAACGGCCUUCUUCAGGACACAACACAUAUAAUUCAUAAUCAGUGGCCGGUAGACUAUAACUGGGACAUCUCCAGUUUUGAACCUCAUAUCCGCGGUGUGAGGCACUUGGUCGAUUUCUCACGCAGAAGCAACCAUGACCCUUCCCUGUUCUUUGUAUCAACUAUCGCCACGGUUAAUCACUUGAGGCCAGAGGGUGCUGUUCCUGAGAAGCCUAACCAUGUCCUGACCACCGCCCUUGAUGGCUACGGUUCUGCAAAGCACGUAUCAGAGCUUAUCCUUGAGGAUGCCGUGGCAGCUGCUGGCGUGAAUGCAUCCAUCUGCCGAGUUGGACAGAUUGCCGGCCCAGUGCUCAGAGGACCUGAGAAGGGUGAAUGGGGGAAGCAAGAGUGGCUACCAUCUUUGAUUGCUAGUUCCAAAUACCUCGGGGUCCUGCCAUCAACGCUAGGAGCUCUGAGCAGGGUAGAUUGGACCCCAGUAGACCUACUAGCCGACAUCAUCCUCGAAUUGGCCAGCGUAACCCCUGGCCCUAUUACCAACGGCGCUUCAGCCACACCACAAACACCACUGCCUGUUUAUCAUGCAGUUAACCCAAAUGCCGUCGGCUGGGAUAGCCUUGUCCAGGAUAUCGCAAAACAGCUAGGCGGAUCCGUCAAGAUCGUCCCGUGUACUGAGUGGGUAGAUGCGUUGAGAAAGUCCAGACUCGGCGCAGCAGCGACGGCCACUCAAAGCCUGAAGCAGAACCCAGCACUGAAAUUGCUUGAUUUCUUCGAAUCAGUCGCUAGUUCGGCAGAGAAGGGAGAUGCAUGGCCACUUCUCGAGACGGUGGAGACGGUGAAAAAGAGCCCUAGGAUGGCCGAACUUAAACCGGUCUCUGCGGAGUGGAUGAAUCUGUGGAUGGAGCAGUGGAAGUUUUAG